AUUCACUCACACACUCACACUCCCACACAUACACAGUUACACAGACAUUUUACUCGCUCUGCCUCUCUAUCUCUCUCAGUCUCACUCCCUCAGCCACCGUAUCGCUCAUACCGCUCAUUCCCUUUCUCUUUUUCGAGCUUGGUUGAGCACCUGUUGUAAUACCCGCAACAUAUUUCUAUUGUAAAGUUUCAAAUCUACUAUAAAUUAUUUUAUAUAUUUAAUCCCGCACGAAAAUAAAACCAUAGAGGGAGUUUGAAAGAUGAAAAUCUAGUUUUUUUUCCCCCAAACAAGUUUACCACGAAGCGAUUUAAAAACUAGAAUGACGGGAGAAUACCUACCGAUGCCCGGCUUCUGUCCGGGGUUAAGGAUUAAGGACUAUUCUUGUUUUAUAUGGGCUAAACUAAUGGAACCUGCUGAUGGACUUUUGGAUAAUUAUGAUUAUAAUAUUAUUGGCAAUGAGAGUUCAGGGCCAUUGACUGACUCCUAUGACAUGAUGGAUAAUGAUAUGUCUGACUACGAGAAUCUUUUAACGGAUACUAUUGAAGUGAAAACGACAAGAAUUUGUAAUAUUUAUUUUUUACCUUGCUUAGCCUUAAUCGGACUUAUUGGUAAUAGUAUGCUAAUGACUGUCUAUCCCAGCUUAUCUCGAAUAGUCUCUUCUACUUAUUUAUAUCUUAUGGCAUCUUGUCCUGCGGAUAUUGCUAUAAUUCUAGUCAGAUUGGUGAAUGAAUGGUUAGCUAAAGCCUUUUAUUUGGAUACAAAUGUCCUAAUAUUGAUAAAAGCCCAAGCGGCAUGUAAAGUUUAUCCUUUGGUUUUUAAUUUUUUCUUCUAUAUGGGAAGAUGGAGUCUUUUACUGGCAGUUGCCGACGGAGCCAUAAGAUCAUGCGGGCGUCAUCCACCAGCUAAUUCUUUACACUCAUGUCGAGCUGUACUUUAUCUGUUUACAGUCCUUUUCAUCUUCCUUAAUGGUCAUUACUUCUGGUCGUUUCACCUUACUAUAAAUAGAAUGAGAACUCAAUUUCAGUGUCAUUUUACACAAAAUUUCUCGGGAGCCCAGCAAAUCAGCAGUUUUCCCGAUCUUAUUUGGCCAAUAGUCGAUUUUCUAGUUGGUGACCUCAUACCACUUUUUGUUGUACUAGGAGGGUCAUUCAUAAUUCUUUAUAAAAGAUGCAGGGGCAAGGAUGCUCCUCUUAGAACGUAUAAACACAGCGCAAGACCAUUGGGUGUGUACGAAUUACAAAUUCUACUUGCGUCAAUUGGACUUUCUCACGUUAUCUUGAAUUCUCCAAAAAUAUGCUAUACAAUUCUAAAAUACUAUUCGGAGAAUUAUAGCGCAAAUACAGAUAGCGAAGAUUUGGUCAAGUUAAUUCAUUCAGUAGCAACAACUUGCGAAGGCGUUUACUUUUCGCUUAAAUUUUUUAUCGUGUUAGCAAGUAGCGGGGUAUUUCGAGCAGUCUUUAGACAAAUGGUUAUUGUAACGACAACUUUAAAAAUGCUUCGUAGAAUCAGACAUCCAAGAGCUCGAUCAGCAGAAGAAGAUGCUUUCAUAGAAGUUUCCUCUCAAGAUAAAUGGUACGAACCAUAUCAAGCUUGAAUAUUCAACAAAAAAGUAGAACUAUUAUUACAAGAAAAGAAUAGCCAUGAAAAAAAAACAGAAAGAGACAGAUAAGUGACGAAGAGGAGGAAAAAGAAAAUGAAUAAUCAAGAAAACUGAUCAGAAUAUCAUAUAUUUAUUUUCUCUCUAUUUUGAUAUCUAACU